UUCUUCCUCUUUCCACCGGUGCUGUGGAGCGUCGUGCGGGUUCACUGUUGCGGUUUCGGUGCAUCACGGGAUGUAACCGCUACCAGUCCAAAUCUUAUCCGAAAACCUUUGGAAAUUCCUGGCAAGGCAGCAAACCAAGGGGAACUUACAUCAGCACGGAGCGGAAGAAGAUAGGCUAGUUUGGGCUGGAGGGGGACUCUAGCAAAGCGACCGACCGACUUCCACCGCGCGCAGAAAUGGCGGAGCACCACGCAGUCAGCGACGGCAAACACAAAGCGUCCGCUAAUGCCGGCAGCUCGGUGCACGGGAACAGCCGAGCCGGCGCCGCGGCUGCGACGGGCGGCAGAGGAGGCCUGUCGGGCGGACUGACACAGCCGGCUGGGUGGCAGUCGUUACUUUCGUUCAGCAUUCUUUUUCUGGCCUGCCUGGCCGGAUUCAGCUCCAGACUUUUCGCCGUCAUUCGCUUCGAGAGCAUCAUCCACGAGUUCGACCCAUGGUUCAACUACAGAUCAACACAUCAUCUCACAACCAAUGGCUUCUACGAGUUUCUUAACUGGUUUGAUGAAAGAGCCUGGUACCCGUUGGGAAGGAUCGUAGGGGGCACGGUCUAUCCCGGAUUAAUGGUGACGGCAGGACUCAUCCACUACGUGCUCAACUUGCUUCACAUCACGGUCCACAUUCGAGACGUGUGCGUUUUCCUGGCGCCGGUGUUCAGCGGUCUCACGGCCAUCUCCACGUUCUUGCUGACGCGGGAGCUGUGGAACCAGGGCGCAGGGCUGCUGGCGGCCUGCUUCAUCGCCAUCGUCCCCGGCUACAUCUCCCGCUCCGUGGCCGGCUCCUUUGACAACGAGGGGAUUGCCAUCUUUGCCCUCCAGUUCACGUACUAUCUCUGGGUGAAAUCUGUGAAGACGGGUUCCGUGUUCUGGACCAUCGGCUGUUGCCUCUGCUAUUUUUAUAUGGUGUCGGCAUGGGGAGGCUACGUGUUCAUCAUCAACCUGAUUCCCCUCCACGUGUUUGUGCUGCUGCUGAUGCAACGUUACAGCCAAAGAGUCUACAUCGCUUACAGCACAUUCUACAUUGUUGGUCUCGUGCUAUCGAUGCAGAUUCCGUUUGUGGGCUUCCAGCCGAUCAGGACCAGCGAGCAUAUGGCUGCUGCCGGCGUGUUUGCACUUCUCCAAGCAUACGCCUUCCUGCAGUACUUGAGAGACAGACUGACCAGGCAAGAAUUCCAAACACUCUUCUUCCUCGGCGUUUCUCUGGCCGCUGGCGGGGUCUUCCUCACCGUGAUCUAUCUCACAUAUACAGGAUACAUUGCUCCGUGGAGCGGGCGUUUCUACUCACUUUGGGACACUGGCUAUGCCAAGAUCCACAUCCCCAUCAUAGCGUCGGUGUCGGAGCACCAGCCGACCACGUGGGUCUCCUUCUUCUUCGACCUUCACAUCCUCGUGUGCACGUUCCCGGCAGGCCUCUGGUUCUGCAUCAAGAACAUAAAUGACGAACGGGUGUUUGUCGCCCUGUACGCCAUCAGUGCGGUGUACUUCGCCGGGGUGAUGGUGCGUCUCAUGCUGACACUGACUCCGGUGGUGUGCAUGCUGUCGGCGGUAGCUUUCUCCAGCGUCUUUGAACACUACAUGGGAGAUGACACCAAGCGGGAGAAACCCCCCGCCGAAGAUAGCAGUGAUGAGGACGACAAGAGGAAUUCUGGGAAUCUCUAUGAUAAGGCUGGCAAGGUGCGAAAACACGUGUCGGAGCAAGAGAAAGCAGAAGAAGGUUUGGGGCCAAACAUCAAGUCCAUCGUGACCAUGCUGAUGUUAAUGCUCCUGAUGAUGUUUGCCGUCCACUGCACCUGGGUCACCAGCAAUGCCUACUCCAGCCCCAGCGUGGUACUCGCCUCGUACAACCACGACGGGUCACGUAACAUCCUGGAUGACUUCAGGGAGGCGUACUACUGGCUGAGGCAGAAUACUGAUGAGCACGCCCGCGUCAUGUCAUGGUGGGACUACGGUUAUCAAAUUGCCGGGAUGGCCAACAGGACCACGCUCGUGGAUAAUAACACGUGGAACAACAGUCAUAUAGCGCUGGUGGGGAAAGCCAUGUCUUCCAAUGAAAGUGCGGCCUACAAAAUCAUGAGGUCCCUGGACGUGGACUAUGUGCUGAUCAUUUUCGGCGGCGUCAUCGGCUACUCGGGCGACGACAUCAACAAGUUUCUAUGGAUGGUGCGGAUAGCCGAGGGCGAGCACCCAAAGGACAUCAGGGAGAGCGACUACUUCACCCCUCAGGGAGAGUUCAGAGUGGACAAGGCGGGUUCUCCCACUCUGCUCAACUGCCUCAUGUACAAGAUGUCCUACUAUCGAUUUGGUGAAAUGCAGUUGGACUUUCGAACGCCCCCGGGCUUCGACCGGACACGUAACGCCGAGAUUGGCAACAAGGAUAUCAAAUUCAAGCACCUAGAGGAGGCCUUCACCUCCGAGCACUGGCUGGUCAGGAUCUACAAGGUCAAAAACCUUGGCAACAGGGAGCCCAUCGACCGCAAGCUUCGCAGCAUCGUGCCCAAACAGAAGUACACCUCCAAAAAGACGGCCAAGAGGAAGCGUGGCUACGUGAAGAACAAGCUGCUCCUGAAGAAAGGAAAGAAAGUACAAAAAAAGUAACCCAGACAAACUCUCCUCCUAGGAAAACAAAUCGAAUGCGAAGAAACCUCUGACAAACAAUGAAGAAGAGCACCUGGGUGAGGAUUUUUGUGGCACUUUCUCAUAAAGAGCACCCCCGUGUGGCCGGGAAGGUGAAGUGUCAAAUUCUGGUUCUCCUCAGAGAGCCCUUGUCCAUUUUAUCUCGCGGGGGGUGUGGGGGGACAUUUUGUCUUGCUUCUUUUCUCCACUUUUUUUCAUUUUGCUCUUCAUUUUUUUUAACUUUGUACUUGAAUGUGUGGCGUGGCAUCGGGCUGCUCUGUUGGUUUUUGUCGAUUAAAACUGUUGUGCUACACGAACCAUGUGAUUAUCAGUGGGCCGGGGCAAAGGUUUAGAAAGAGGUUAGGGGGCGGUGUCGCAACAUUUUGCACCAAAGAGCCAUCGACGUGAGCUUGCUCAAUGGCACGUGAGAACCCCUGAAAAAGUGAGGAAGCGCUCGGGCCCCGUUCCUGACACGUGUACACGUCAACGUACGCCGUAUGGAGGGACGUCACACACCUGUUUGAAAUCACCUUCACAAUCAUGAUAUAUCAUCAUCAUCACCAUCACUCACUCUUCCUUUUCUGAUCAUCUAAAAAAAACAAUUGGCCUAAAAUGUCAUUAUGUAAAACUAAUGUCAAAGGAGUAUAAUAUAUUGGAUUGUUGUGAUUUUCUUUUUUUAAUAUGGAGUUUUUUUUCUCAAAUUUUCUUUGGAUGUUUUUUUUGUAUGGCAGCAAAUAGAUCAGUGAAUGCAAUAAUUCUUGUACAGAGAUUCUGUUCACGGAUGGAAUGAAUGUGUUUUUACAAUGCCGCCCAUUUCCCCCCCCCCCCCUUAUAAGUAUUCUAGAUUGUACAUUUUUGCUGCUAGGGCUUCAUAGAGGCAAGCAACAAUAUGUAAAAAGUAGGGACGUUAAUAAAUUAGGCCUGCCCUCCUGCAGAGGGAGCUCUAGUUGGGUAAGCAAGCCCUAGUGCCUCUCGUCAUUGACUCAGUCUUCCGUCAUUUGGUCGUUCGUGGUUUAGCAACAGUUGCCUCGUCUGAUACGGAGACUAUGUAAAGAGUUUCAUCGUUCCGUUUUUGCCUUGCCUUGCUCUUCCCAUCUCAUAGGGAAACACCCUUUAAUGGUUUCCACUCCAGAGCUGUUGCGUUGGCUCGUGUGUAAAUGUUGCUGUUAUGGGCCACACUGGGAGAAAAAUCAAAAAAUAGAAUGAGCCAAGUCAACAUUUUACAGUUAGGUUGUAAUUGAACACACAAUAUAGGGAUUGCAGGAGGCGCUUGUUGCUUCCAAAUUUGCAUCAGUGCUAAAAAGAAAUUAAACUAUAGUACAGUUGAAAUGAAAAAUGGUCAUUUUAGUUAACAUUCCAACUUAAUACUGUAUUCAUAAUUUCACCAUUCUUUUCUGAGCGGUGUGGCCCUUAACAGUCUGAAAUAUCUUCUUAAAGAUGGAAAUGACGCUCGCGCAAGUUUCCUACCCAUGUCUUAAAUCUCAUUUUGAUUUUUACGUUUACUGUGAUGAGCAAUUUUGAAGCAAAAAGUCUUGGUUGAACAUUUUCUUUCCAUCAGCGAUAGCAGUCAGGAUUGAAUCAGCCAAAGGGUUUUCCGUUGUAAAAGUCAACUUUCUUGACUAAAUGCAGUUAUCACAUUAUUUGCCUGCUUCAAUAUAAUGGAACAAAGACAGAGUUCUGACCGACCCCCCCAAGACACUGAAGCUUCAUUGUGUUGCCAUGUCCGAUUUGUGAUUCUGGAAGUGCACGCCUCCACUGUCGUAUCGAUAUGAUCAUUAUGUCACAUCUGUAUCACUAUUGUUUUUUUAACGUUUCUUUCCUCACUGGUGUUUCUUAUCACAUCUUGUUUGGCUUUCAGACCAUCAUCACCUCGAUUCCUCUUUAUAGUUUGCUUUCAAAGGAAGAGUUCAGCCUAAGCCUGAUGCGAGACGCUUACCCUCCUGUGUUUUGUUUUUUUAAGUAACCACAAUUUCCUUCACUACUGCUGUUUUUUUUGUGUCGGUGCCGUUUGUUCUUGACACUCUUUGAUUUUCUUCCGGGUUAUUUGUUUGACGCAGUCCUCCUCGCCCGCCCGUUGGUUCAGCAUCUACACUGUUGCUCUGUUUGUUCAGUCAUCUUUAAAUAUACACCUAAAUUAAA